AUGUCUGACGCCGCCGUUGUUGAAGCCACCGCCUCCCCAGAUGCCGCUGUUGAGAAAAAGGCACCGAAAAAAGCCGCUGCCAAAGCAAAGAAAACAUCAGCUGCCCCUACCCACCCUCCAACCCAGCAAAUGGCUGAUGCCGCCAUCAAGACCCUGAAGGAACGUGGAGCUUCAUCAUUGCCCGCCAUCAAGAAAUACUUGGCAGCACCUACAAAUCUAAAAUUGAUCCAAACUAAAGGUAAGGGUGCUUCUGGUUCAUUCAAAUUGUCUGCUUCGACCUCCAAGGAACCCAAAGCCAAGACUGCUGAAAAGAAGAAGAAGGCCCCAGCCGCUGGUGACAAAAAGAAGAAGGCUGCCGCCCCUAAAAGGCCGCUGGUGAGAAGAAGUCAGCUGCCAAAAAAACCCUCUGCCGCCAAGAAGACCGCUGAAAAGAAGAAGGCCGACAAAACAAAGGCAAAGGCUGCCAAGAAAACCGGUACAGUAAAAGCUAAACCAACAAAGACCGCCGCCAAAGCAUUUGCCACUAAACCAAAGGCACCCAAGGCAAAAACUGCAGCUGCUAACCCCAAAAAGGCCGCAGCAGCAAAGAAGCCAGAUGCUAAGAAAGCGGCGGCUUUAAUGUAA